AUGUCAUCGGCACCGCAAAAUCCUCUGAAGAGACAAAGAGCCGGAUCAACAAUCAAGCGUACACAUCAACUCAGUCACAUCCAACAACUGCCGCCAGCGACCGAGCCCGCGCCGCAAGAUGAAGCUUUUGUGCAGGCGCAGCUAUUGCGCUCCAUCUGCACCGCCUUGACCGUCGUCGGCUAUGACAGUGUCAAGCCUUCAGCGCUGGAGAUGUUCCGCGCAGAGGUUGAUGAAUACAUGACCAACUUCCUCACCACAGUCAAAGACUCGAUGCGAGCCUCGCGACGGACGACGGCCAUACCGCAAGAUUUCAUAUUCGCUCUCGCAGAAGCUGGUCUGGAAUCACAUCACCUGGAUCCGCACCUUGAUCUGCGCCUACCGGACGACAUUGCCAAUCCUACCAUACCACCCCCACGACCAGACGAAGCUCCUCCACCCGAUCUUGCUCCCAUGCUUGGGCCAGAGUUGGUCACCCCUGCCGCCCAGCAAUACGCAUACAUUCCUUCACAUUUCCCACCGCUGCCCAGCCGUCACGCCUGGCAAAGUACCGCCCUUUUCACACAACGAGAACAAGACCCGAGACGCAUCCGCGAGCGCGCAACAGACGAAGGUGUCCAAGCCGAGCAUGCUCUACGCAAACUCACAACCGCCAACAAAGCUCGUUCACGCCAACCGAUUGUCGACAAGGCUAAGGAUAUGCUAUGGCAAGAAACCAUCUCAGACUUGCAGGAGGACGGUGAAGAUCCUCUUCCCACAACGAAGGAUGCAGAUGGAGACAUCAGGCUAGAUGGAUACUCGAAUGAUUAUGGAAGUGACAAGGCUGCCAGUAUGGCUGAUUUGAUACGUAGAGGUGGUGGAUUGAUGGUUAACCACGACCGCAAUCAUUGGCGAAGAGGAAGAGGCGCUGUGCAUAUUUGA